AUGUCUACACCACGACCACAUUCGCCACCGCGGCUAGAAGGCUCAUCAGAGCCUCGCAAGAGCAUGGUCGGCGUCCCAGAGCCAGGCUUUGCAGGCCCAUCGAACCGCACCGGUUUACUCCUCGAGUUCUUCGCGACGAUGAAGCGCCCGGCAGAUUUCAAGUGCUUCCGCGCAAUAGGCCAUGACGGCACCUGCAGGACCAUACGUUGGCUACCGGGCCCCUCAGAUCAGCCGACGGGUAUGGAGGUCUACGACGCACAGCCCAUGUCACCUGAGGUGCUAACGCAGUAUCUCAAUCGGCAGGAGUGGAGCCAAGAGAUUGAAAAUCGCUUCCGUGGUGUUGAUGGCAGGAAUACGCCGAAAGAGCAAUGGUCCAACCCACUUCCUGGUGUUCUACCUCCUCCAAGUACUAAGAACGAGCGGCUAGCAGAGAGGGACCGAUUCAACGAGGAACAAAGAAUCCUAAGAGAGAAGAUAGAAAGAGGGGAAUUGGAGCCAGAGUACUCAGGUCCAGUUUGUGGCGCUGUGCGUAGUAGCUAUGAUUUGCGACCACGGUAG